GUCAAGUGUGGAUGUUCAUGCAAAAAGUAAAUAAUGGAUAUAUUCUUAGUAGAUCAAUACUAUAAGAUAUAUGGUAAAGAAUGUAUUUUUCGUAUUUAUCUAAAUAAUGUAUUAUUAUUAAUAUAAGUAACAAUUACUAUUUUCUAGUGUAGUACCGAAGCUUCGGGGUGUUACGUUUUAUUUUGACUUAUUUUGCCUGUGGUGAAAGUGUGUUAUUUAAUUUUUAACGAUAUUUGAUAUAUCGAAUGAAAUGUAUUGAUUCUUAUAUCGAUACUAAAUUAUUCGAUAACAUCAGGUGGAAGUUGAAUAGUAUUGAGACGCGGUCAUAUUGUCGUGGUGGACAGAUGUAUAUUCCGAAAUAUGGGGUUAAAGUUAAACACAUGUUACAAGUAGAUGCCAUGCCGUUUGCUUGCAGAAUUAUACAUGAAUAUAUAAGUUAUGAGAUGUCAAUUGUUGGAAAAUCAGUCAAGAUAAAAAAAUCCAUAUAUAAAUAAACACAUGGUCUAAAUCUAAACCAACUCACUGCCGAUAUUCUUGCCUAAAUAUGUCGACCAUGGUGGAGCUUGAAAGUUGGAUAAUUUAUCAAUACGUGGCUACAGAAUGCAGUAAUUGCCUUUUCAUGACAGAAAGCGCUUUCAAGGCAAGAGACAUCGGGCUUCGUGCUCAGAAAAAGAUAUUAUCCAGAAUGGCGGGAAAGAACAUCGCCAAAGUGUUUAUUGACGAUACAACGGCUUCUUUAUUGGAUAACCUCUACAGACUUGCUAAACAAUACUCAAAUAACAAAAAAGAAGCCGAAAAACUCAUCAAGAACAUCAUAAAAAUCGUAAUAAAACUCGGGGUAUUGCACCGCAACAAUAUGUUCACCGAAGAAGAAUUAAAACAAGCGGAAAAGUUUAAGAAUAAAUUCCGAUUGGCCGGUAUGGCGAUAAUAUCGUUUUACGAAGUUGAUUUCAGCUACGACAGAAAUUAUAUCGUCCACGCAUUCACCGAAAGUCAAAAGUGCCUCGAAACGAUCGUUUCCAAACAUCUAACAGAUAAAUCUGUAUCUAGAAUAGAAAGCGUAUUUUCGUUUUUCGGUAACGAUCAAUUUUUGGAUUCGGUAUUUAAAAGUAAUUCCGAAUAUAGGGAAGCCCUCGGUAGGGUCGUCGCCGAUUUGAAUAAGGCCAUUGAAAAUGGGGAUCUUUAGUCCGGUUAUGUGAUUUCGAAUUGUGAUUUUAAUUUUAAUUGUUUGACAAACUUUAUAUUUGGUGGGUAGGCAAUCAACGUGACAUUUCAGAAAGGAAAAAUUAAAAUUUGGACUGUUGAAAACUUUUUGAUCUUCACUCGUAGCAAAAGAGCUUGAAUGACUUGUAAUAUUCGGCUUGAUUCAAUCGAAUUUACACUUUUAGUGAGAUCUAUAUGAACUAAAAAAAGUUCUAAAAACUUUUCGAUCACCACUCGUAGCAAAAUGUUAAAAAUUUAUUUGGAAUUGAGAAACGUUAUUUUUUCUAAGUUUAUCUUGAAAAAGGCGAACAUUUUUUUAUUACCACCCGUACUAAUAGAGUUCUAAUUGGUUUCGAAAAUAACAAUUUGUGUUGUGAAAAGUUUGAUCACCACCCGUAGCAAAAAUUUUCUCGAAAAUGGCAUUACUGGAAUGAUUUUUUAGAUAUUCGACUCAAUUUUACUGAAUUUACUUUUUUAGUGAAAUCUAUAUUCACUUACGAAUUUUAUAUGCAUUAAAAUAGUCCUAAAACUUUUUGAUCACCACCUGUAGCAAAAUGUUCAAAAUUUAUUUAUUCUUUUUCAUUGGAUUUUUAAUUCUGCUGAGAACCGUUAUUUGCUUUAAGUACAACAAAGUUUAUCUUGAAAAGGGCAAACACUUUUCGAUUAUCACCCGUACUAAUAGAGUUCAAAAUUUUUCGAAAAUGGCAUUUCUGGAGUGACUGUUGUGAUAUUCAGCUUCAUUUUACCGAACUUACACUUUUAUUGAGAGCUGUUAGUUUCUGGUUGUCAUUACAAAUUUUGUAUCCACUUAAACAAUUUUUUUCACACUACCCGUAUUAAUAAAGUUGAAAAGUUAUUUCGAAAAUGUCAUUUCUCAAGUGAUUUGUGUGAUAUUCAGCUUUAUUUUAGUUGAUUUACACUUUUUUUGAGAUAUAUUAGUUGCUGGUUUCAUUAAUAAAUUUUAGAUCCACUAAAACAAUUUUGUAUCAUCGCCCGUACUAAUAGAGUUCAAAAUAACUUUGGUAAUGACAUUUCUUGAGUGAUUUUUGUGAUUUCAGCUUUAUUUUAGUAGAUUUACGCUUUUUUUGAAGCUAUUAGAUGCUAGUUUCAUUCAACAAUUUUUUAUUAUUACCCGUACUAAUAGAGUUCAAAAUAACUUCGAUAAUGACAUUUCUUGGGUGAUUUUUGUGAUUUAUUUUCGUAGAUUUACACUUUUAUUGAAAGCGAUUGGUUGCUGGUUAUAAUUACAAAUUUUAUCACCACUAGAACAAUUUUUUAUGACCACCCGUACUAAUAGAUUUCUAGAUGGUUUUGAAAAUGACAUUUUUUAAGUAACUGUAAUGAUAUUUAGUCCCAUUUCACCGUAUUUACACUUUAAUAGAAAACUAUUAAUCGCUGGUUUUAAUUAUGACUUAUAUUUUUGUUCAACGCCCGUACUAAUAAAAUUCAAAAUUAUUUCUGAAGUAUCUGAUAUAGUAUUCAAAUUUUAUUUUUCUUGGAAUUAGCAGUGAAAUGAGAACCGUUUAUUGCCUACAACAUAUUGUUGAAGAUUUCUAUCGUUUUUUUAUUAUUAAUCAACUUGACGCUUUUGCAAACUGAAUUAUUUACUAAAAUGACGAUUUUUUCAACACUAGUUCAAUAUUAGUGAGAGUGAUUUUAUAAGAAAAACACAAUAGUUAAUGGUACUUUUUAUUCAUUUUUUUUCGUGUUAUUUUACGAAACAAAAAUCGUAUAAAUUGAAAUCUUUUGUUUACGAAAUUUUGACAUCUUAAAUAAAUCUUCUUUCACGAACGUAAACUGGCCACUGUCAAUAAAGAACUACUAACCAAAAAGAGGCCAUAAUACAUUGACGCGUAAACCUUUUAGUAGCGACUGAAUACACUGAGAAAAGUUUUCAAUAAGAACAUUAUAAUAAAAUGUGUUUAAGUGCGUAAAGAACUAUGAAGUAUUUAAUUUUCGAUCGUAAAAUAUGAAAAUUAUUUAUAAUACAUCGAACGUUUAUUCAUAUUUAAUAAAUUUUCUUGAUAGAAAUGAAAUUAGAAAAUAUUUUUUAUGCAGGUGGUUUUCUCAGUGUAUUAUCUUAUAAAUUAUCGAAUCACUGUACGAUUUUAAUUUUUUUGAGGUUAGUUGACUAAUUUUGAUAAAAUACUGUCACCAUUAAACAUUAUAACCAUUUUUUAUUGUAUGAAUAUUAAAAUUAUUAAAAAAUGAAAUUUUAUUUCAAACUGGAUCUCUCUAAAUGCUCUCUUCGACAUUCCAAUGAGGUUAAUUGGUUUGCAUUAGCAUUCAAGUUGCAACAUUAUGUAUCAUAUUUUGAAUUUUGCUUUUUAUCAUAUUUGAACGAUGAAUUUUGUAAUAUGUGCAUGUAUAUACAAAAAAAUAUAUUACUCAGAAAGUAUUUAUAUUAAAAAAAAACGAUUACAGCUUUCGCAAAGGAUAAAAAUGAUAUUAGAACGUGUUUUAUCACAUUAAAAGUAUGUUGCAAUAAAUUCAUGACCACGGCAUAUUCUAAAAAGCAAAUAGUAUCAUAGAGGUAUAUAUAUGAAAAAAUGUAACAUCACUGUUUUACGGAGUAGAGCACAUAACACACCCCACUUCAAUAUUUAGCUGUUCCAAGGUACACGUCAUUUGUCAAAUCUAUGACGUCACAACAUAGGCGUUGCUUUAUUUAUAAAACGUGUGACUAACUAAGAAAAACACAAUUUUUUUGCUAAAAAUCAAUUUUAUUCAUCAAUAUAAUCUCCUUCAAGAGCAAUACAACAAUUCCAACGAUGCAGUUCUUGUGGAAGGAUUUGUCUUUUGCCUCGAAAUAGGCUUCAAUUUUAACAAUUGCUUCUUCAUUUGAGCUGAAUUUCUUACCGACGAGCAUUUUUUUGAGAACAGUAGUCACUGGCUGCCAGAUCUGGACCAUACGGUGGAUGAUAAAGCACUUCGAAGUAUACUUACGGACAUAUGAGACCGUUUUUACUUGAUUUUUGCAUUCAAACGAUCCAACAACUCCAUUUAGUAUUCGCUAUUGAUUCUCACUCCAUUUGAAGAUUUUCGACGUAUCAUAUUUCAUACGCAUCCCAAAAUACUGAAGCCAUAAUCUUCUCAGCUGACUGUCGUUUGAGGUGGAGAAUUCUGAGCCACAGGAAAUUGACGCAGUAGUAAUGAAAGGCUUCGCGUGUCCAUGCCUUGUUCAGAUUCAGUGGUGGAUCCAUGUUUCAUCCAUUAUCACAUAUCGAUAGCUCCACUUAAAUGGCUGUCACUUUUUUCUGACUAAUCGAAAUGUCAUUAAAUUUAACACAUAGUCUUUUGAAAGUUGGUACUUCAGAAACGUCAUAUGGAUUUGACAAUGGCAGCGCCAUCUAUGUGUUAGUCACACGACUUAAUGAGUGAUGUAAUACGACUAGAAUAUGGAUAAACUUGAAUACUCCAUCUAAAGAUGACCAAUAUAUGCAACCUUUUUUAUUUUGUUGUCGUUUUAAACAUCAACUUUGUCGUGUUUGUGUAGUUUAAUGAAUAAUGCUAAAUAUUGUGGUGAAUCACCCUGUAUAUAAGAUAUUUAACUAAAUAUAAAGUGGUUGAAUAGAAUGUAUAAAAUCAGAGAUAUGGAAAAUAGACCAAAUGUGCGGGUACUUUUUUUGCAAAGUUCUAGAGAACGGAUUUUUUUUUUAAAUAUGUCCCAUGAAUGUAAAUCCAAGUGGGCGUCAUCGAAUAUCUCGCGAACCGCGCAUCGUACGACAAAAUGGAGAAGAUCGUUUAUAUAGAUAAUAAUUUUUCCCAACUUUUUCAUUUGAAAUUUUUUUUUUGUAUAACGCAUAGUUUUUUAAUUAUAGCGCUCCAAACUUUGUACAAUAUUUAAUUUAUCAUGAACCGUUAACUAUAUAUUUAGCAAAAACCAUGUUUUAAGAAAUUUGGAGCGCUGUAAUUAAAAAACUAUGCGUUAUACAAAAAAAAAUUUCAAAUAAAAAAGUUGGGAAAAAUUAUUAUCUAUAUAAAUGAUCUUCUCCAUUUUUGUCGUACGAUGCGCGGUUCGCGAGAUAUUCGUGCUUUGACGUUGUUUUUUUUAUACGAGUCACUGGAAUCCGAUAGUAAAACUGAUAUCGCCAAUGAAUUUCUCGUCACCGGAAACCCCGUAUC